AUGAAAUUCAUUUUACGAUACAGUCAAUCUGGUCGGAGUGAAGUCAAUAUAUCCUGGGAAUUUCUAUUUCCAGGAUCAUGCUAUGAAGAAGAUCAUAUUCAUAACAGCGCAAUAUUUUCAAGAUCAAAUAACUUAAACUACUUUGUUUCAAGUUGUUUUUUUCUUGAAUUAAGUCCAGAUGGUGCAAUUCGAAUUUCAACAACGAAUGACGAUUCUAAAACAUAUGCAACAACAAACGAAUUCAAAUCAUGUUCCUCUGGAUCACAGAAAGGAGGUUCUCUCUACUUUAAUGAAAAAGGUGAAUUUGUUCAAACAAAAAAUUCAUUCAUUAAAUCAACAAAUUCAGAAAGAGGACCUUCAUUUUCCAUAUGGGUUUCAGAAAAACCAAAUUACAAAAAUCAUGCUAAUGAAACUUUAGUUUACAACUGCGGCAGUUCAAAAGAAAAAUGCUGGAUUACAACUGACAUGUGUGAUGGCUUUAUAAUCAUGAAUGAAUGCAAUAUUACACAAAAUAGAGUCAAAGAAUGGAUUGGUGGUUAUAGAACAACAUCAAUUACCUCUGAUUCAUACAUAACUUGUGUCAAUGUCAUUGAAAACAAUCAAACAUACAAUGAAUUUACUUGGCACACAUCUUCUUCUUCAUAUAAAUCAUCAAUAUUUAAAGUUACUUCAUGUAAUUAUAUAAGAAAUAAUUGUCCAGAUAGUAAAAGUUAUCUGAUUUAUUCUUGGUAUUCUAAUGUUUUCAUGAGUUAUUGUUGUAUUCGUGAGAAUAAAAUUCCUUACAUUUUUUAUGCAGAUUCAUGUACAAUAACAUUUGAAAAUUCAACAACAGAUAAAACUACAUAUUAUAAAUAUGGUAAUUCACCAAUAUUUAAGAACACAGAUAUUUCAUUUGAAAAUGAAUGUCCUCUUUUGAAUAUUUCGACAACAGAUUUCGUCGAAUCAUUAAAAUAUAAAUGUCGUCAUCCCACUCCAAAUAAUGACGAAAACAAAGAAGAAAAUAACGUUUAUGUUCAAAAUCAUGUUAAAUUUUUCUUUUUAUUUAUGAGUAGUAAACCAUUUCGAAGUAGAACAUAA